AUUGUCCCCUCCCAACAACGACGCUACCAACUUUUAUACAGCGAUCAAACUCCAAUUAAGCCUCCAACACAGCACCCGCAGGCCCAAAAACUAUAAUAAAACACCGUCAAUAUGUCUGAAAGAAAGGUCCUUUCGAAGUACUAUCCGCCAGACUUCGAUCCAAGCGCAAUCACCCGCACAAAAAACAAACAAACAGGGCCCAAGGUGAUUACCGUUCGACUUAUGGCCCCAUUCUCGAUGAAAUGCACGCAAUGUGGAGAAUUCAUUUAUAAGGGUAGAAAAUUCAACGCGCGCAAAGAGACGACAGAAGAGAAAUACUUCUCUAUCCCCAUUUAUCGCUUCUAUAUCCGAUGCACGAGAUGCAGUGGCGAAAUUACGUUCAAGACGGACCCGAAGAACAUGGAUUACACGGCGGAGAAGGGCGCGAAACGGAAUUUUGAACCGUGGCGGGAUCCGAAGAACGAGACGUAUAACGAGACGGAGGAGCAGUUGCUAGAUCGGUUAGAGAAGGAGGAGAAUGACGAGCAUGAGCGUGCGGAGAGGGAUAAGAUGGCUGAGCUGGAGGAGAAGAUGUUGGAUUCGAAGAGAGAGAUGGCGAUUGCGGAUGCGCUAGAUGAGAUUCGGACGAGGAAUGCUAGGAUAGAGAGGAAUGAGGCGCUAGGAGAUGAGACAGCGAUUGCGCAUGUGCGGGAGGAAGUCGACGAGGAGAAGUUGAAGGUUGAGAAAGAGAUCGAGGAAGCUGCGCGGAGGGCAUUCACUACGGAAACUGGGGAGAAGGUGAAGAGGCUUGUUGAGGAAGAUCCUUCGAAUGGAGUUACGCCAGACCCCAAGCCAAGCGAGGCGCCACCUUCAUUCACACGAGUGAAGAAGGCGAAGAAGCCAUUGCCGAAUAGUUUGGGCAUUAAGAAGAAGGCAAAGCCAUCGCUGGUGUAAAACAUGUGCUCGCGAAAUUUUACAAUGUUAUUCUAUAGGCUUGGCGUUUGAUUGGGAUGGCAUGGGGUACAUACAGUUGCUUACGAGCAUUACGACUAAGGUUAUGAACUGACUGCUGAAUUAUUUCGAUUCUUAUAAAUACUACAUAU